UUGAUUUUUCUUCAAGUAUUAAUACUGAAAACUGUACGUAUAAUGGCAACAAGUUUCCAUUAUUAAUUACACAUUCGUCAAACACGUUGCGUGAACCAUUCUUUCUCUAUUUUCCUUCCCGGCUCCCUUAUUUGGAGGGAUUAAUCUUUGCUUCAAUAAUUUGACAAACUAAUUGAAAAUGACGAUUGGAAGUAAACAAAAAAAAUCACAAAAGAGCAAAGAAGUGAUUGUGGAUGAGAAAUCCCCAUUGUUGCCUACAAAUCAUGAGGGAGACAGUGGGUCUGAUGAAUUCAAUGGAGCUUCCUUUAGUGGGGCAGUUUUUAAUCUAUCGACAACAAUUGUUGGUGCUGGAAUUAUGGCAUUGCCUGCAACCAUGAAGCUAUUAGGACUUAUCCUUGGGAUUGUCGUGAUCAUUUUCAUGGCAUUCUUGACGGAGGCUUCAAUUGAGUUUUUGCUAAGGUUUGGUAGGACAUCAAAGUCAGUUUCCUAUGGAGGUCUUAUGGGGGAUACAUUUGGAAAGUAUGGCCGGAUGAUAUUGCAAAUAUGUGUAUUAGUCAACAAUGUUGGUGUGCUUGUUGUAUACAUGAUCAUAAUAGGUGAUGUGCUUUCUGGAACAACAUCAAGUGGAAUUCACCAUCCUGGUGUCUUGGAAGGUUGGUUUGGAGAGCAUUGGUGGAAUGGAAGAUUUUUUGUUCUUCUUGUGACCACCCUCGCUAUAUUUGCACCAUUGGCCAGCUUGAAGCGAAUUGAUUCAUUGAGUUAUACAUCUGCUUUAUCAGUUGCACUAGCUGUUGUUUUCCUUGUUAUUACUGUGGGCAUUACAGUCUUCAAGUUGAUAAAUGGGACUAUUUUGAUGCCUAGAUUGCUACCUGAUGUUACCAGUGUGACGUCAUUCUUCAACCUCUUCACUGUAGUUCCUGUUCUUGUCACUGCAUACAUUUGCCACUACAAUGUGCACACAAUUGACAAUGAACUUGAGGACAACACACAGAUCAAAGCAGUUGUGAGAACGUCCCUUGCUCUCUGCUCAAGUGUAUAUGUAUUGACUAGCCUCUUCGGAUUCCUCUUAUUUGGUGAUGCAACACUUGAUGAUGUACUUGCCAACUUCGAUACGGACCUAGGAAUUCCAUAUGGCUCCCUGCUUAAUGAUGCUGUUCGUGUUAGCUAUGCUGCCCACUUGAUGCUUGUCUUUCCCAUUGUUUUAUAUCCACUGCGGUUAAACUUAGAUGGCCUCCUCUUUCCAUCUGCAAGGCCAUUGGCUUCAGACAAAUUGAGAUUUGCAUCGCUCAGCACUGGGCUCAUCAUUAUCAUCUUUUUGGGUGCAAAUUUUAUACCCAGCAUAUGGGAUGCUUUCCAGUUCACUGGAGCAACAGCUGCUGUUUGCAUCGGUUUCAUCUUUCCUGCUGCAGUUAUUCUAAAGGAUCGAUAUGGCAUAGCUACAAAGAGGGACAAGAUCUUAAGUAUUUUCAUGAUUGUCCUUGCUGUCUUUUCUAAUCUGGUGGCUAUAUAUAGCGACGCCUAUGCCUUGUUGAAGAAGAAUCCAUCUCAUAACAAAUGAUCUCUUUUGUCAACUCGAGACCUGGAAGUCCUGUAUUGAGCAAUAAUGAUAAUUUGAGGGUGUAUAUAAAGCUUUUAUUCAGAGAACAUGAGGUCUAUAAGUCUGCUGAGCCAAGCGUCAAUUACACCAACGCUCUACUCAAACUUAAAUGUUGAGUACCUUUAUCUGAAAGUGUAUCGAGUUGUAUAUGCAAACUGGCAUGUCUCGUGUCAUUAUGUCAUUGUGUGGUCGAUGUAUGUGAAAAUAAAUGUAUGCCGUGCCGUGGAGGUUAUAAUAGUUAUAUGCGUGCGUGUUUGUGUGUAUUCUGGUUCCCUAGUUUGGUUUCUACUGGGACAAUGUAAAUUCUAACAGGACCAUUUUGUUCUCCCUACUAGUUGUGUGUCAUUUUAUGUUUGAUAUUUUCAGCUUAUAUCCCAGGUUUUUUA